GUCAUCAACCAGCGAGUAGUUUUCUUUCUUCGUUUCUGCUCGUUCUCCUGCAUAGAAAUUAUGGCAGCUCGCAUGCCCGCGUGUGUCGUCGACUGUGGAACCGGGUAUACGAAGCUGGGCUUCGCCGGGAAUACAGAACCACAAUACAUAUUUCCAUCGGGAAUCGCCAUCAAAGAAACGGCCGUUGUGGGUGAUCAGGCGGCGCGACGAGUAGCGAAAGGCGUCAACGAUCUCGAUUUCUACAUCGGUGACGAGGCCGACGUAUCUGGCUAUGCGAUGAAGUAUCCCGUUCGUCAUGGAAUCGUGGAAGACUGGGAUCUGAUGGAGAGGUUCUUCGAGCAGAUCAUUUUCAAGUACCUCCGAGCUGAGCCUGAAGAUCACUACUUUCUCUGUACUGAACCUCCGUUGAACACGCCAGAGAACAGAGAAUACUUGGCGGAGAUCAUGUUCGAGUCAUUCAACGUUCCUGGUUUAUAUAUUGCCGUACAGGCUGUGUUGGCUCUGGCUGCGAGUUGGACGUCUCGGCAGGUGGGGGAAAGGACGCUGACUGGUACGGUUAUUGACUCUGGUGAUGGAGUAACUCACGUCAUUCCAGUUGCUGAAGGCUACGUCAUUGGCAGUUGUAUCAAACACAUUCCAAUUGCCGGUCGUGAUAUCACUUACUUCAUUCAGCAGCUGCUAAGAGAACGAGAAGUCGGCAUUCCACCAGAACAGUCACUAGAGACAGCAAAGGCCAUCAAGGAACGCUUUGGCUACAUUUGCCCUGAUGUAGCAAAGGAAUUUGCGAAGUACGACGCACAGCCAGAGAAAUGGAUGAAGCAAUACAGUUCUGUAAAUCCUGUCAAUAAGAAUACGUUCACUGUUGACGUGGGGUAUGAGAGAUUUCUUGGUCCCGAGGUGUUCUUCCAUCCUGAGUUCUGUAAUCCCGACUUCACGACUCCGAUUUCUGAGAUCGUUGACACAUGCAUUCAGAAUUGCCCGAUUGACGUUCGUCGGCCUCUUUACAAGAAUAUUGUUCUUUCGGGAGGCUCGACGAUGUUCAAGGAUUUUGGACGUCGUUUGCAACGUGAUGUCAAGCGUGUGGUUGAUGCACGACUGAAGAUGAGUGAAGAACUAAGUGCUGGUAGACUGAAGCCAAAACCAAUAGAUGUAAAUGUGAUUACGCAUCACAUGCAACGAUAUGCAGUGUGGUUUGGUGGCAGCAUGUUGGCAUCUACGCCUGAAUUCUACCAAGUUUGCCACACAAAAGCCGACUACAAUGAACACGGUCCCAGCAUCUGUCGUCACAAUCCCGUGUUUGGGGCGAUGCAAUGAGUCACUAGGAAAGAAGAUUGAACUGCUAGAGUAUUUCAGUGUUUUUGAGGGAUUUUGCAGUCGACUGAAAGUUGUAACUGAGUUGAUGUUUACAUGUCACUUGUAGUUGUACUAUCAGUCGUCUGUCGGGGUUUUGUUUGUACAUGAUAAAUUGUUUGGUGCCUUA